AUGGACGACCAGGAUGAUAAAAUAAUUAUUGAUGAAGAUUUCGAGGAUACAGAAAAAAAUGAUUUGGAUUCAUACAGAAUUCCUACAAGAAGAACUGAAAGUUAUUCCACAUAUGUUCCUAACAAUCCCUAUUAUUUAGAAGAAAACGAAAAUGAGCCUUUAUUGUCAAAUAAACGGACAAAUUCUAGCUCAAAAACUUGUUUCAGGUCCAUGGGUUCUGUGGACGGAAGUAAUGGAAGUAGAUCAUUUUCCAACUAUUUACCAGUGAUUUUUUCAUUAUUUGUGUUUUCAGUGAUUUACGGGUCAUUUUUAGUAUAUAAUUUAAAACCUGCCAUUAAUCAGGAUCUGGCUCAUUAUGGUGUAUUGAGUGACAAGGUUAUCUGUCACACAUUUUUCAUACAUCUGAUCCUUUUUCUUCAACUAGUAAGCUAUGUAUUAUGUAUGUACAAAAACCCCGGGAAUAUCCCGGACACCUUGGAGUGGAAUCUAAAUAACAAGGAUGUCAACACGACUUCCGUUGUGUAUGAAACCAAGAGAUCGGGCGCUAGAAGGUUUUGUAAAUGGUGCUCAAAGUUCAAGCCGGACAGGACUCAUCACUGCAAAAAUUGCGGAACAUGUGUUCUGAAGAUGGACCAUCAUUGUCCAUGGGCCAACAACUGUAUAGGAUGGAGAAACUACAAAUACUUCUUUUUGACAACUUUAUAUUCUGAUGCUAUUUCCGUCUACAUCGCAAUUCUCCUCUUUCCUACAGUCAGACAAUUCUUAAAUAACCCACUGACCUCCUUUGGAGAUUUAGUUGUGAUAAUCGUCGCUGAGUUGUUAGCAGUCGUUCUCAGUCUUGUUUUAACUUGCUUCCUUCUGUUCCACACCUGGUUAAUUUGUGAGAAUUUCACUACCAUCGAGUUUUGUGAGAAGUAUUCGGGGUCAAAACACAAUAUGGAAGAGUCAAUUUGGUCGUUAGGGGUGUGUAAUAAUCUAAAAUCGGUUCUUGGAAACAACCCCUUGUUGUGGUUAAUUCCAUACGACAAUCGCCAAGAAAAGGGAAUCGAGUUUAAAAGGGGAGAACGUGGUCUAGAAUCUCUAGACGACAUUGAUCAACCCAUAAUGGAGGUGAACUCUGAAUUCUUGAGGAUGACCAAGGAUAGUAAACAAUUUGAUCCUGAGAUCGGGGAGGACAGUCCAUAGAGUUAUUCAAACGAAUCGCAGUAAAUAUAUUUUACUAGAUAAUUUCUUACUAAAUUA